AUGAAAAUCGACGUGACCUACCAUGCAUUAUUGGCUCGGAGGAUGUCCAACCUAUCUCAUCUGAUCUUGAUUGCCCUUGGUGGCUUGCUCCUCGUGGGCCUGAAGAAAAUCCUAGACUCCCGUAGCAGACAGAAGCGUGGUCCUUACCCUCCUGGUCCCAAACCAAAGUUUCUUAUUGGCAAUGCACUGGAUUACCCAAUGAACGGGGCAGGGCACCAUUUUAUGGAGGUCGGAGCGCAGCUUCAGAGCGGCUUGGUCUACCUCAACGUCCUGGGAAACCACAUUCUCUUCAUCAACCAGAAGUCAAUCGCCGACGACCUUCUCGAAAAGCGUGCUAAGAUCUACUCCGGCCGUCCCCAGCUUCCCGCCGCCCUGGCAAUGGGCUGGGACACAACUAACGUCUCACUUAUGGACUACGGCGACACCUGGAGGAAGCAUCGAAAGGUUUCCCAGCAACACCUCAACAAGCGGAAGACGAAGUCCUACGAGCCGAUUCAGCAGCGCCAUCUUCAUAAAAUGCUGCACCGUCUCUUGCACUCGCCCGAAGACUUUUGGCAGCAUAGCGAAGUCCUUUCCACCGCCAUAAUUAUGGACAUAAUGUAUGGAUACCAGAUCGACCGACUCGACGACCCAGCAAACGCCGCUGCGCUGAAGAUGCUCGAACUCGGUCUCCCACUCGUGAUGCCGGGAGGGGCGCUCAUGAACGUCUUACCCUUCCUGCGUCAUCUCCCCUCCUGGGUCCCUGGGAAUUCUUCUGGGAAGGCGGUGAAGGAGUGCGGGUUCUGGACACGUGAGAUGCUGAGGAUCCCGUUGGAGGAUUUGGCCAAGCGGAUGAAGGAGGGCACGGCGACAUACUCGAUCGUGUCUGAGUGCUGGGAGAAGAAGGGCACGGCCGACGCAGACCUUGAGGCAGAAAGCGUACUGUAUGGCGUGACAUGGACGAUGUAUGCAGCCGCAAUGGAGACAACCGUCUCCUCGACAACUUGCUUCUUCUACACCAUGGUCAUGCACCCCGAGUUCCAACGCAAGGCUCAAGCCGAGAUUGACAAAAUUGUGGGCACCAACCGGCUGCCCACCUUCGAGGAUCGACCCUCCUUACCGUACAUCGAGGCGAUCUACCGGGAGGUGAUGCGAUACGCCCCACCUCUGAACAUUGGCCUCCCACAUGCAUCGAGGGAGGAUGAUUGGUAUGACGGGUAUUUCAUACCGAAGGGAGCGACGAUUUUUGCGAAUUUAUGGGCGAUGACGCGCGACGAAACGAUCUAUCGCGACGCGAAUGCUUUCAACCCCGAGCGGUUCUUUGAUGAACAUGGAGAGCUCAAUGACGACGACCAGGUCUUGGCUUAUGGCUUUGGCAGAAGGGUGUGUGUCGGUAAAUAUGUGGCGAGUGCUACGUUAUGGAUAACCAUUGUCUCCAUCCUCGCAUGCUUCAAUAUCGAAAAAGCGAAGGACGAAUACGGCAAUGACAUCGAGGUGAACGACGAAUAUGUUGACUUGGGUCUUACAAUGCACAAAAAACCGUUCAAGUGCCGUAUACUCCCUAGGUCUGAGGGUGCGCGACAGCUUGUUGAGGAUGUGAUUGUGGGGGAGAGGAAGUGA